AUUUAUCUCCUAUGCACCUUUUCUUACAUGGUACGUCUUUAUCCUUUACACUUUUUUACGGUAAAAUGAGUAUUUUCUAUUGCUCCAGAAUUUGCUCCAGUAAAACCGUGUAAGACUGUAAGUCUGGGAACGAGGAAAACAAUGGCUGCUUUGAGAAGCAGCUUGCAGAAAGAAGUUUUCGAUCCAAGCGAUGAAAAGUUAUUUGCUUUUACAAAUGUUAGUAGAGCAGGCAAGAAGAGAAAACCAAGCUUUCUUUGUAUAGCAGUUUCAAAUGAAAGACCAGUGUAUGUUACCAUAUAUAAAGUGAAAAGGACAGAUAAGGAAAGCUAUAAAAAGAGAACAUCAUGGCUAUUAAAGGAUAUGAAAACUGUGGAUGGAAAAGAUGCCUAUACAGAAACGCCUGAGUUUGAUUUGGUUUUUGAAAAGAAUUAUAAAUGGAUUGCAAGUAGUUUUUCAGAUAAAAAUGCCUUCAUUGUUGCUUUAUGGAAGGUUUGCACACGAUAUUUACCACAAAGAAAACCAGCCUUUGUCAAUGUCAAUCAACAAAGCAUCGAAGAAACCUUGCGUUCGGGAGCUUCUCAGCUGUCAUCUUCACAGGCACACGAGGCAAUCGAAGAUGACUAUCAACAGCUGGCGCCAGGUGAAGAGAAAGAUUUAGACGUGACUAUGUCGAGAUACGAAUGUGCCAUCAGCAAUAUUGAAGCUUUCACUGAGAAACUAUCCAGAGAUUUAUCUCUGCUUGAUGGAGCUAACAUAUCAUCUAUCAUGAGUUCCGAAAGUCAGGUGAAAAACAUAAUGGAGUGUAUUGAUGAAGGUUUGAAAGAACUGGAUGAGUUGGAAGAGAAACUUGAGAGAUAUGAUAAACUGCUGCAGAAAGCUCGCGAUCAUAUGGAACACAUGGACGAAAAAAAUAAACGGAUGCAGCUGGAACGCGAUAAUCAUAAGAAAUUAUCCGACGAAGUUCAAAAUUUAGUUGACAUUUUGGAUGUACCUGAAGCCACUCUUAGUACAUUGCAAAGAAAAAGUUUAUCAAAUGCCACCGAGUUAGCACAAUGUACUGAGGCCGCAAAAGCAGUUCGCAAUGCUAUGAGUGCUGAACUCAGUCCAGGACUGGACAAACUUCAUGCUGUGAAAGAACAAAGAGACAUGUUUUGGAAUCUUUGUCAAGAAUUUGCUACCUUUCUUGCAUCACAUUUAAAGAGAGUAUUCCAAAGUCACGAAGACGAGACUGAGACACUGGUCAAACAUUCCAAUGAACUGGUAAUUCCAAGUCACAACAAAAUCCAUGAUGAACUUGCUCCAUACACAGAUCUUAUGUUUUGGCUCAAGGAAAUUGACCAGUCAAAAUUUACAGAGCUAAUUCAGAUUUAUACACAAUGUUUUAGCAAGGUUUAUGAGAAAGAAAUUCGAGAUUUCUUUGAAGUGUCCAAACAAAGAUGUUCUGCAAGGAGUGCGAAAGCCGCAGGCAAUCUUCGUGCUGGUUCGCAUCUCUCUUUAAGCCGAGAUGAAGUUUCCCACGGAAGUCCAAUGCCAUCUCGUGUGACAAGGUUCGAUAAACACACAACAGAUAGUCCUCAACUCAAUCGUCGUUCGCCGUCGGGAUCACUGAGUUCUCAGGAUUCUCUUGUGUCUUCGGAUAGCGUCUCUGAGAGCCGAAGUAGAUUUGAUAAGAUUUUUGAUACGCUGUUGUCGGAAUUGGAACCUGCUUGCCUCGCUGAACAGAAGUUUAUUGAAAAAUUCUUCCACAUGCCGUUACCCAAAGACGAUUCAGAGACAUCCAGCAUAUCUAGUGGCAGCUCAAUUUUGUUGAAAGAUAAUCCAGAUGGUUCCUUCAUGUCUCGCCCCAAACGUUCUGGUGAACUCGGAUUGUACAAAAUUAUGGCAGACCUGUUUAGCGGGCUGGAUCCAGAACUUCAAAAUUUUAUUCACUUUGGUGAUAAACUCGAUAGCUUUAAUACAAUGUACAUGCUUGUACGUGUUGGUGAUUACGUGAUGGCCCAUGAAGCUUCUGGCAUACAUAUAUCUUUCCUCAGUCAUCAGCUGGCUCAGUCAUUAAUCUUGGUGAAGAGAUUGUUUGAUAAAUUUAUUAUGGCGCUUGGAAAGCAAGUAGAAGAAACAAAAGUGCCGAAGAAAAGUAGAUGCGGUAUACUGCCAUUUGUUUCAAAGUUCGAGAGUUUUGCAGAAACGGCCGAAUUAAUCUUUAAGAGUUCAGAGCGCCGUAACGACUUGGAUAAAUCAUAUCGUUAUCUUGUCGGUGUCGUGUUUAAAAACAUCGAGAGAGCUGCUGUUGAAAACCAAAAGACACCUGCUGACGUCAUUCAAUUUGAAAAUUACCACCACUUGUACGGCGUUUUAUCGCGGUUGAAAAUUGCCAGUUUGGACGGUGAAAGAAAACAAGCGAAAGUCCAAUACACUGAACAUAUGAAUUCGUACGCAACGACAAUGUUUGGACGACCGAUGGAAAAACUUAAUACCUUUUUCGAUGGUAUCGAGGAAAAACUCUCAAGCGGUGUAAAGGCAGAAGAAAUAGGUUACCAAUUAGCAUUUAGUAAACAAGAGCUGAGGAAAGCGAUAAAAGAAUAUCCCGAGAAAGAGAUAAAGAAAGGUUUGGAACAUCUCUAUAAGAAAGUUGAAAAACAUUUGUCAGAAGAGGAAAAUUUACUCCAGGUUGUAUGGCGUUCAAUGCAAGAGAAAUUUAUCCAACAAUACAAGUAUUUUGAUGAACUCAUAAACCGAUGUUAUCCCGGCUCGAUGAUAACAUUGGACUUCUCAAUUGACAGUUUACUGACGUUUUUUUCUGAUAUUGCGCAGUCACACUGAUAUAUUAAAUUUAGCACAUAUAUUGAACCGUCCGACGAGAUUAUCUCGGAAAGACGAAGAACGCAUUAACUCUCAAAUUUUACAACUUUUUGCAAUUCAAAAAAUAGGCUUAUACAGAAAAUUUAAAAAUUCGCUUUAUUUAGAUGUAUGUACGUGACUAUUAGACUUGAUAAGCAGACUUGCUCCCGUGAUUUUCCUGCCCGAUUUUAGGGAUUUUUAAAUGUGCACCUUUGCAAGUAAGGGGUAGACUUAGUAUACUACACAUAGUGAUUAUUUUUGUUAAUUUUAUUCUGUAUGGAGAGGAAGGGAAAACCUCUUUGCAAAUCUUAAAUUGAUAGAAAAUUGAACAUCUAAAAAGGCGAUUUUUCUUAUUGCUUUAUUAAAAGAGAGGGGGGAAAUGAAGUGUCUUUAAAAGUGUUUUGAACAAAAGCAUCUUAAUCUAUACUACAGUACAGCCUAGCGGUGCAAAAUUUAGGCAUGUUUUGCUGCAUUGUUUGCGCCAUUUUCUCAUGGUAUAUAAGAGCAAAUUUCCUUUGGCAUUUCUCUUGCGAUUUUUUUUUCUAUAAAGAAUUUGCAUUUGAUCUGUUAUUUUAUAUCUUGUGAAAAUGCAUUUGCAUUAUAUAGG